CGCCGUCGUGCUUUUGCUUGCCUGCUCACCAUGCUGCUGCGGUAGCACCACCUCAUCGCCAUCGCCGUCUCACACCGCCCCAGGAUCGACAUGGAGGCUCAGUCGGCGAAGUCCUUUGAGCCUGCGGUGGUGCAGCAAUCCCCAUUGUCGACAGUGGCGCAGCCGUCCAGCAGUCAGGGCAUCGAAGCCCUCCGAGACAUUGCCUAUGGCUCCUUCGCUGGUAUCGUGGGCAAGAUUGUGGAAUACCCCUUCGACACGGUCAAAGUACGUCUGCAGUCGCAGCCUGACCAUCUCCCUCUGCGAUAUACGGGCCCGCUGGAUUGUUUCAAGCAGAGUCUGGCGCAAGAUGGUGUGCGCGGUCUAUAUCGUGGUGUGAGUGCGCCCUUGGUUGGUGCGGCAGCCGAGAACGCCUCGCUCUUUUGGGCAUAUCGGCUCGCACAAGAUGUGCUCAAGGCCACCGUGAUACCUGGGACUGUCGAUGGGGAGAAGCUGCCCCUCAGCGCACUCGUCGCAGCUGGAGCAAUGUCUGGCUGCGUAACGUCUGUCGUCCUCACGCCCAUUGAGCUUGUGAAAUGCCGCAUGCAGGUGCCGUCGCAAUCCGCACUCGAUCCUACGCUCCGAGCAGCGCAGGGCCCUCUUGCAAUCAUCUCUCAUGUAUGGAAGACAGAAGGCUUGGCAGGUUUCUGGCGCGGACAAUUGGGUACCUUGCUGCGUGAGACGGGAGGAGGUGCGGCGUGGUUUGGCAGUUACGAGACCCUCUCGUUGUACUUCAGGAAGCGUUUGCAGAAUCCCGAGAAGGACAGUCUGCCGAUUUGGCAGCAAAUGUUAUCCGGGGCUAUUGCAGGCAUGGCAUACAAUUUUGUCUUUUUUCCUGCAGACACGAUCAAAAGCAAGAUCCAAACCGGAGAAGUGACGAACGUAAAGGCGAAGUUCUCGCAGGUAGGAAAAGAUCUGUUCAGGGCGCAUGGGUUCAAGGGACUGUACCGUGGCUGCGGUAUCACCGUUGCAAGAAGUGCGCCCAGCUCGGCGCUUAUUUUCACAAUUUACGAAUACUUGCGGAAGACGUUUGGUUGAAAGCUCGUUGAGACAGAGUUGCAUAGACGAUAGAAGCUUGCAAGCAUAGCGCGGCGUUGGGGCUGCGGAUUCGUGAUAGAUGAAUCCGGCCUGUUGCUGUGCAGGAUCGUGGCCUUCACGAAAAGGGCUGCAUUAGAAACUAGCAUAUCGAACGUGACAGACUAAGAUAUCGUCUGUCUACAAUUCUUG